AAUUAGGUAUCAAGAAUUAAUUCGAGAUGAAAGGUUAAGAUGAAACAGCCUGUAUCAGUAUUUUAGAUGUGUGCAUGCGACUAACAUUUUUCUACCGUUAUAUGAAGUUGAACGCAGAGAGAGAAAACUAAUACAGAUUUGUGUGAAACGUCCAAAAAUAUUUGGAGUUUAUGAACAAAUAACCAUCAAAAGCAAAUGUGAAAGUAGGUGCAAUCCUCUGAUUUGAUCGACCAAAUUCAUGUACUAUAUUACAUCUUCCUUCUCAAAUCUUCACUGGAACUUAAGUCACUCUCUCUCUAUCUCUGUUGUCCUCUUUUUGCAGUUCUGUUCACACUUCACACUAACCUUUUGUAUCCUCUAACAACUACGCAUGGCGUGCGUUUUCCUCAGAGCCUGAUACUCACACUCUUCAAGGAACCAAAACGCCAAAAUAAAUCCUUUCUUCAAUGAACACCCAAAACCUCAUACCCCUAAUAAUCCUUCUUCUUUUCAUACCUUUCUCAGUUUCAUUCUCUCCCACAGAUAACUUUCUUCUUAGUUGUGGAUCAUACAGCAAUGCUUCCCUCUUCAACAGAGUCUUCAUGGGAGAUUCCACCAACCCAGGCUCCACUUUUCUAUCUUCAGAUGAUUCCAUUUCACUCACAUACCAAAAGCCACCUCAGAAUUUGUCUACUUUGUACCACACAGCCAGAGUUUUUAGAAGCACUGCGAGGUACAGGUUCAACAUGAAGAAAAACGGCACUCACUUGGUGCGUUUUCAUUUCUCCCCCUUCAAGGCUCAAAGUACUUUUGAUCUUAAAUCAGCAAAAUUUAAUGUCUUUGUUAACGGGGUUUCGGUGUUGAGCAAUUUCCAACCACCUAAUGAUGUGCUGCUCAAAGAGUUUAUUUUGAAGAUUGAGUCAAACGUGCUUGAGAUUUUGUUUAGGCCUGUUGGUGAAUCAGGUUUUGCCUUUGUCAAUGCUUUGGAGGUGUUUACUGCCCCUGUGGAUUUUGUUAUAGAUGUUGGAGCCAGAUUGGUUGGUCCUUCUGGGGUGGAGGAGUACAGAAACCUUUCAUCUCAGGUUUUGGAAACUGUUCAUAGGAUCAAUGUUGGGGGUUUGAAAAUAACUCCCUUCAAUGACACCCUUUGGAGGACUUGGAUUCCUGAUGAGGAUUAUUUGGUGUUUAAGGGUGCAGCAAAGCCUGCAGUGAGCACUCACACACCAAAUUACCAGAAGGGAGGUGCAACUAGAGAGGUUGCACCUGAAAAUGUUUACAUGACAGCUCAGCAGAUGAAUAGGGAAAACUCAAGUUUGGCUUCAAGGUUCAACAUAACCUGGAACUUCCCUGUGUCUCCUGGUGGUGGUGUUCCACACUUGGUUAGGUUGCAUUUUUGUGAUAUUGUUAGUCCUGCUCUCAACUUGCUCUACUUUGAUGUGUACAUCAAUGGGUACAUUGCAUACAAGGAUCUUGAUUUGUCAGCCCUUACAAUCCACACACUUGCAUCACCUGUCUAUGUGGAUUUUGUUACAAAUUCAGUUGAUUCAGGUUUUGUUCAAGUGAGUGUCGGUCCUUCUGAGCUGAGCAGUUCCAUAAGGAUGAAUGCCAUAUUGAAUGGUGCAGAGAUAAUGAAGAUGGUCAAUGAUGUCGGUACUAAUGUUGUGCAUAGGAGGACGAAUUUGUGGGUGUUGGUGGGUUCAACUGUUGGAGGAAUUGGUGUCUUGUUUUUAGUUGUAACUGCUUUUCUACUUGGUACCAAAUGCAGGAAGAAUAAACCAAAACAAAGGACAAUAGAAAGUGUUGGAUGGACACCUUUGAGUAUGUUUGGAGGGAGCUCCCUUAGUAGAAGCUCUGAGCCUGGUUCUCAUGGACUUCUUGGCAUGAAGAUCCCUUUUGCUGAAAUACAAUCAGCAACAAACAACUUUGAUAGAAGUCUGAUUAUAGGGUCUGGUGGAUUUGGUAUGGUCUACAAGGGAGUGCUGAGAGACAACGUGAAAGUUGCUGUCAAGAGAGGCAUGCCAGGGUCCAGGCAAGGCCUUCCAGAGUUCCAGACUGAGAUAACAGUUCUGUCCAAAAUUCGCCAUCGCCACCUAGUUUCACUAGUUGGUUUCUGUGAAGAGAAUUCAGAAAUGAUACUUGUCUAUGAGUAUGUCGAAAAGGGUCCACUGAAGAAGCAUUUAUAUGGUUCAUCACUACAAACACCUCUCUCUUGGAAGCAGCGUCUUGAGAUAUGCAUUGGUGCGGCUAGAGGCCUUCACUAUCUUCACACUGGUUUUGCUCAAGGAAUCAUCCACCGUGACAUCAAGUCAACCAACAUAUUACUUGAUGAAAACUAUGUUGCCAAGGUUGCUGACUUUGGUCUUUCAAGGUCAGGGCCAUGCAUCAAUGAAACACAUGUGAGUACUAAUGUGAAAGGUAGCUUUGGCUAUCUUGAUCCCGAGUAUUACCGGAGGCAGCAGCUUACGGAUAAGUCAGAUGUUUAUUCAUUUGGGGUUGUGCUUUUUGAGGUUCUUUGUGGAAGACCUGCUGUUGAUCCACAACUUGCAAGAGAACAAGUGAAUUUGGCAGAAUGGGGACUUGAAUGGCUGCAAAAGGGCAUGGUGGAGCAAAUUGUUGAUCCUCAUCUUGUUGGACAGAUCCAACAAAACUCCUUGAAAAAAUUUUGUGAGACUGCAGAGAAAUGUUUGGCUGAAUAUGGUGUUGACAGGCCUGCAAUGGGUGAUGUGUUGUGGAAUUUGGAAUAUGCACUUCAGCUCCAAGAAAGUGGUCAACAAAGGGAGCCACAUGCCAAUAGACAUGCUAGUGAAGAAUUUGUGAGUGUGACAAAUGCAAUUAUUCCUGGAAAUCCUUCUACCAACAGAAGGACAGAGAGGGAUCAUUAUAACUGUUCUUCAGAUGUAAGUACUAGCCAAGUGUUUUCCCAGCUAAUGAACAAUGAAGGCAGAUAGAGAUAGGUUUAUGCCGCAAAUAUAAGCAAGAAAUUAAAGCAGUACCUAAGCUUUCAUACUUCUUUUUUUUCCUACCAAGUUUUUUUUUUGAAGAAAAUUGCAUCAAAACCGUAUUAGCAAGAUUUACUCACGGAAGGCUCCAUAUAGCACUAGUUCAUUGGUAGCAAGAUUUUUGUAGUAUAAUUUAUUCAUUUAUUUUAUACAGCAAUUCUGUACUUAUUAUUCUGGAGCUUAAUCAGUCAAAUUUGUGAUGAGCUAUAGGUUUGUGGUCCAUUUGUAUGAUGUAAUUGGAAUUUCAGUUCAAAUUUCUAAUUUCAAUUCCAUUCCUUAA